GGGAGAGCGAUAUAUAGUGAAUGCAGGGUCCUGGGGAGAGCGGGAUAUAGUGAAUGCAGGGUCCGGGGAGAGCGGAUAUAGUGAAUGCAGGGUCCGGGGAGAGCGGAUAUAGUGAAUGCAGGGGGUCCGGGGAGAGCGGAUAUAGUGAAUGCAGGGUCCGGGGAGAGCGGAUAUAUAGUGAAUGCAGGGUCCGGGGAGACCGGAUAUAGUGAAUGCAGGGUCCGGGGAGAGCAGGAUAUAGUGAAUGCAGGGUUCCGGGGAGACCGGAUAUAGUGAAUGCAGGGUCUGGGGAGACCAGAUAUAGUGAAUGCAGGGUCCGGGGAGAGGGGAUAUAGUGAAUGCAGGGUCCGGGGAGACCGGAUAUAGU